AAUAAAAGUAAAUCAUUGUGUAGAGCCAUGAAUUCUUCCACAAUUUCUGGAGAGGUGUUGGAUAUAUUCCCACAGUUUUGUGGAGGUGUUCCAUUGUGGGAUUAUGGCAAAGUUAACCAAGAGGUCCCCGAAUUUUCAUUAUGUUUUAUUGAAACGAUUUUGGUAUGGAUCCCAUGUGGGUAUUUAUGGAUGCUGACGCCCUCGUUCAUAUGGUUCCUUUGGAAGAUCAGGGAGUGUCGACCGCUGCCAUAUUCAGUGUUAAACAUUUGCAAAGGAGUUAUAUCUCUUCUACUAUGCUGCGCUGUUGUGUCCAUGUACGUAUUGCAAAGCAAAGACGGGUACCAGUGUUUGAAUGCUAUGAGUGUUCCUCCUUCAGCGCUUCAAGCAACUGUUAUUAAAGCCAUAACUUUCGUCCUAACGAUUGUAGUCCAACAGGUGCAAAGAGCAAAAGGAGUUCAGACAAGUGCUGUACCAUUCAUAUUCUGGUUUCUACAGAUGAUCUGUGAAGCUGUUGCAAUGUACACUCGUGCUAUCAAAAAGAGUUGGUGUGCAGAGGACAUGGUAUUUGCUGUGUACUUUGGACUUGUCAUACUGCAAUUAAUUCUACAUUGUUUUGCCGAACAUCACAGAGCUGCUCCACAGGGAGCGAAUGAUAAGUACCCAUGCCCAGAGGAAAAGGCAUCCAUUUUGAGUCGAGUUCUUUAUAUCUGGAUUCAACCUGUUAUAUGGAGUGUUUACAAAAAGACGUUCAAUCCAGACACAUUUUGGGACCAAACUCCGAAACUGAAAUGCGACCUAAUUGGACCACGUCUUGAGAAGGCGUGGUUAGAGGAAAAGGAUCGGUGCAACACUAAAAACAGGAAAAGACAAACCAAGUCACAUAUGGACGAAUCAUAUGACAUAGAAACUACCUUUAGUGGACGAACAGGGGAACGGAUCCCUUUGCUUGACGGCAAUGGAGAUGGCAACCUGAUGAGACCAAGCUUGAUGAGGGCUAUGGCUGGCGCAUUCUUCUUAGACUGGCUAGAAGCCGUAUUCUACAGAGGAGUAGCUGAAGUCCUUUGGCUUCUUGAGCCUUUUGCUUUACGAUACAUUAUUGACAUAGCGGAAAACAAAGACUCGUACCCGGCCUGGCAAGGAUUUUUCUUCUGUGUGAUGCUCUUUAUAACUCUGUGCAUAAGUUCAUGCUUCUAUCACUUAUCAUAUCAUCACAUGCAGGCGUUUGGUUUGAGACUAAAGUCAUCCUUGAUCUGCCUCAUAUACAAGAAGGCUCUUACGAUGAAAAGAAGCACGGGCCAGGCAACCACUGUAGGGGAGAUUGUGAACCAUAUGUCGGUUGACUGUCAACGAGUUCAAGAUGCGGUUACCUUCUCCUAUUACAUUAUCAUUGGCUUUGUGACUAUUGGCAUGGCGUUGAUUCAGUUAUGGCCCUUAGUAGGUGUAGCAAGCGUAGGUGGAGUUGCAGUCAUAUUUGCUCUGAUACCUGUUCUUGGGAUUGUGUCUGCCAAGCAAACAAAACUGCAAAGGCACCUGCUGAAGUUAAAGGGAGAACGAGUCAAAAUAAUCAGUGAAGUUAUAAACGGGAUAAAGGUCCUGAAAAUGUACGCCUGGGAAUCCUCUUUUAUGGGGAAAAUCAGAGCCAUACGCCUUGAGGAGAUUAAGUGUCUCUGGACCUUUGGCGUUCUGACGGCCAUAAAUGUGUCUGUAUCCGUCCAUAGCACGUUUGUUAUUUUGUUCGUAGUUGUCUUAAUAAGGGUUCUUGUAUCACCUACACACAGCCUACGAGCAGAUGAAACAUUUACCUCCAUUUCGGUUAUCAACAUUAUGAAGUUUCCUUUAACUAUGGUGCCUUUUAUUCUGACAUCCGGAAUUCAGGCCAUGAUAUCUGUCAGAAGAAUUGAGAAAUUUCUUCUCUCUGAUGACAUUCAGAAUAACAGUGUUCGAUUCGUACAGUCUAUCGAUGGUUUUAAACCGGCUCUGGAAAUAACCAGAGGAAGAUUUAGCUGGGGGGAAGAUCAGGAUUCAGUUCUACGAAAUAUUAACGUCCGUAUUGGCGAGGGUGAACUAGUGGCUGUUGUGGGUCCAGUCGGUUGUGGAAAGUCUUCAUUCAUCAGUGCCUGUCUUGGUGAAAUGAACAGAGAAGAAGGUUCAGUAACUGUCAAGGGAAAUAUCGCUUACGUUCCCCAGGAAGCUUGGAUACAAAACAUGACGCUGAGAGACAACAUAUUGUUUGGAAAGAAAUAUCAGGAGAGAAAGUACAAAAAGGUCAUUCAAAGCUGUGCCCUCGAACGUGACCUUGAAAUUCUAAGUGGGGGCGACCUGACAGAAAUUGGAGAAAAAGGUAUCAACAUUAGUGGCGGUCAAAAACAACGUGUCAGUUUAGCGCGGGCCGUUUAUAAUAAUGCAGAUGUGUACUUUUUGGACGACCCUCUUAGCGCUGUUGAUAGUCAUGUCGGCAAGCACCUGUUUGAAAAGGUUGUAGGCAGGAAUGGCAUACUGAAAAAUAAGACACGAAUUCUAGUCACCCAUGGUAUUCACUGGCUGCCGUUUGUAGACCGAAUACUUGUUUUGAGUAGAGGAGGAAUAUCUGAAACAGGAACGUAUGAAGAACUGAUAGGUCAAAAUGGAGCAUUUGCGGAGUUUCUCGAUCAGUACAGACAGGAGAACACCCACGAAACAGAUGAGGACGAAGAUCCGGAAGUUGCAGCAAUGCGACGAAAGAUUUUUCAGCAAGUGGAGGAAAUGCGUUCGGAUGGCGGAAUGACAUCGGAAGAUGACGUAACGUCGACAACUAGACGUCGUCGCAAGUCCAGACAAACAAGUUUCAGCGCCAGUGCAACGCAGUCAAAGACGGUUAACACGUUCUCCGCUGCACAUGGGGAUUUAACAAGGCUUACACUUGAAGAAUCAAGUGAAGAAGGAUCGGUCAAUCCAAAGGUGUUAAUUCGUUAUUUGCGAGCUAUGGGGAUACCCUCUGUUGUGUGUGUACUACUAUCAAUGACCUUGUAUCAAGGUCUGAAUGUAUUCUCCAAUUUUUGGUUGACAUUCUGGACGGAGGAUCCGGUAUUGCUGAAUAUUACGCUGGCCGGGACAUCCCAGUAUGAGCAGACGUUUACCUACUAUCUUGUGCUGUUUACCGUAUAUGGAAUAUUGCAAGGAAUUCUAGUGUACAUUUCCUUCUACGUUGCUAUGACACGUAUGGCACGUGCCUCGCAACGCCUGCACGAGUCAAUGUUGCAUUCGGUCUUGAGAUCUCCAAUGUCGUUCUUUGAUACGACCCCCGUUGGAAGGAUUAUGAACAGGUUUGCCAGUGAUAUAGACAUCAUCGAUAACAAACUACCAGACAGUUUCCGACUAUGGCAGAUAAUGAUCUUCUCUUCUAUUGCAACUGUGUUUGUGAUUGUCAUAUCCACUCCUAUAAUGUUGGCAGUCCUUGUUCCCGUCUCCAUAAUCUACGUCUUUUUCUUGAAAUUUUACCUACCAACUGCCCGGGCAAUGAGAAGAACUGAGUCUGUCCGUCGUUCACCGAUAUACAACCACUUUAGCGAAACCAUUACUGGCGCGAGUGUCAUUCGUGCAUAUAGGUGCUCCGAUAGGUUUGUACAGGAAUCCCGUCGAAGAGUUGACGAUAAUACUAAAUAUUACUAUGCAGCCAACACAGGAACUAGAUGGAUGGGUUGGCGUGUUGAGUUCCUGGGCAACCUCUUAUCGUUUUUGGCCGCCAUAUUUGCUCUGACCUUAAAUGAUCUCAACGGUGCGCAAGUUGGCCUCUCUAUAACGUACGCUGUACAGUUAGUGAUAACAUUGAACUUUGGAGUCUUCGCGAUAAGCGAGAUGGAAAUGAACGUCAUAUCCGCCGAACGCGUAACAGAGUACACGUCACUUCCGUCCGAGGCUGAUUGGGAAGGAAGCAGUGAUAACCGAGUGUCUUCUGAUUGGCCAGAAAAGGGUGUCAUAGAUUUCAGAAACUACUCAACUCGGUACCGGGAAGGGUUAGAUCUUGUCUUGAAAGGACUGUCAUGUCACAUAUAUGGCGGAGAAAAGGUCGGGAUAGUCGGUCGAACUGGAGCUGGAAAAUCUUCUUUGGCCUUAAGUCUGUUCCGGUUGAUUGAGGGUGCUGGAGGCAGUAUCGUUAUUGAUGGUAUCAAUAUUGCUGAUCUUGGUCUGCACCAAUUAAGAGGGAAACUUACUAUUUUACCACAGGACCCUGUUCUAUUUUCGGGGUCGUUGCGUGUUAAUUUAGACCCAUUUUCACACUAUGACGACAAUGCCAUCUGGCAAGCAAUAGAUAGAGCUCAUCUCAAGGAAUUCGUUGCUGCAACUGGAGAAGGUUUGAACUAUGAUGUUGGGGAAGGAGGACAAAAUUUAAGCGUGGGACAACGACAACUAGUUUGCUUGGCCAGAACUCUGCUUCACAAGACACGUGUUCUUAUUUUGGACGAAGCAACUGCCGCUGUUGACAUGGAAACUGAUCAAUUAAUACAAGAUACAAUACGCCAACACUUCACGGAAUGCACAAUUUUGACAGUGGCCCAUAGACUUAACACAAUCAUGGACUACGACAGAGUGAUGGUAAUGGAUGCAGGGGCAAUCAGUGAGUUUGACGCUCCCCAGAAACUGUUGACUGCUACCAACAGUGUUUUUUAUGGAAUGGCUAAGGACGCUGGUUUGGUGUGACAGAAAAAAACAAAUGAAAGCAUG